GCGUCCAGCCGGCACAGAAGCGGGAACAGCUGGGGCGGGGGGCCCGGGAAUCAGGUCGCAGGCCUGCGCUGUCUGGGUGGUUGCCCGAGUUCGCCCUGCCUCCCGCUCUCCCAGGAGCCUUCUCCGCGAGGGCGGGGCGAUGCGGGGGAACCGGCAGCCGAGGAUCCGCUCCGGGAACGAGCCUCAUCCCGCGCCCGCCAUGGAGCCGGCAGGUCGCGGGGCCUGGGCCCACAGCCGCGCCGCGCUCUACCGGUUGGAGAAGCUGCUGCGCUGCUCGCGUUGCACUAAUAUUCUGAGGGAGCCUGUGUGUUUAGGAGGGUGUGAGCACAUCUUCUGUAGUAAUUGUGUAAGUGACUGCAUUGGAACCGCAUGUCCAGUGUGUUACACCCCAGCCUGGAUACAAGAUGUGAAGAUAAAUAGACAAUUGGACAGCAUGAUCCAGCUUUGCAGUAAGCUUCGAAAUUUGCUACAUGGCACUGAUUUUUCAGAUUUGAAAGAAGAAACAUCUAGGAAAAGUUUAUUUAGUGAUGCAGAAUAUAAGAAGAAUUCAAUAAAAAUGUGGUUUAGUCCUCGAAGUAAGAAGGUCAGGUAUGUUGUGAGUAAAGUUUCAGUGCAAACUCAGCCUCCUGUGAUAAGCGAUGAAAAUGCUCAGCAGGCCUCCAUGUACGAAUUUGUCUCUACAAGCCCUCCAGUGGAUGUUUCUGAGAGGGCUAAGAAGGCUUCCACAAAAUCUGGAAAAAAACAGAAAAAGAAAACUUUGGCUGAAAUCAACCAAAAAUGGAAUUUAGAGGCAGAAAAAGAAGAUGGUAAACUUGACUCCAAAGAGGAAUUUAAGGAAAAGCUAGUAUCCUUCUGUAGCCAACCAUCUGUUAUUGCUAGUCCGCAGAUAAAUGGUAAAAUAGACUUACUAGCAAGCGGCUCCGUAACAGAAUCUGAAUGUUUUAGAAGCUUAACUGAAGUCUCUUUACCAUUGGCUGAGCAAAUAGAGUCUCCAGAAAUUGAGAGCAGGAAUGAAGAAGUGACUCCUGAGAAGACUCUCUGUGAAAACGAUCUUACAUCUAAGAAAUCCUUGCCAUCAGGUCAUAAUGGGAAACAUGGGCGUCGCAACAGACGUUCCAGUCCUGUUUCUAAGAGAUGUAGAAGCAGCAGUCCGAGCACCAGUGGAAAUUCAGUUAAGCAAACAGUGCUCUCAAAAAACGUGCCAUUGCCUGGAUGUUCUUCACCACCUUCAAAGAAACUUACAGUUGGUGACACACUGAGGAGGAAAAGCAGUAAUAUAUUAGAUGAAUCCAUUAGCCUCUCACCAGGUACGCCCCCUUCUACACUGAAUAGUCCAAGUUACAGACGAAUGAUGUGUAGUCCCUCAGCAAUGAAGCUCUCGCCCAGUAGUCUUAUGGCUAUGAAAAGAAAUCAUCGAGGAGAGACUUUGCUCCAUAUUGCUUCAAUUAAGGGCGACAUACCUUCUGUUGAAUACCUCUUACAAAAUGGAAGUGACCCGAAUGUUAAAGACCAUGCUGGAUGGACACCAUUGCACGAAGCCUGCAAUCACGGGCACCUGAAGGUGGUGGAAUUGCUGCUCCAGCACAAGGCGUUGGUGAACACCACUGGGUAUCAGAACGACUCACCUCUUCACGACGCAGCCAAGAACGGGCAUGUGGAUAUAGUCAAGCUGUUACUCUCCUAUGGAGCCUCCAGGAACGCCGUUAACAUAUUUGGUCUGCGGCCUGUGGAUUAUACAGACAGUGAAAAUAUGAAAUCGCUGUUGCUGCUACCAGAGAAGAAUGAAUCAUCAUCAACUAGCCAUUGUUCAGUAGUAAACACUGGUCAGCGCAGGGAUGGGCCUCUUGUACUUAUAGGCAGUGGACUUUCUUCAGAACAACAGAAAAUGCUCAGUGAGCUUGCAGCAAUUCUUAAGGCUAAAAAAUGUGCUGAGUUUGACAGUACAGUAACUCACGUCAUUGUUCCUGGUGAUACAGUUCAAAGCACCCUGAAAUGUAUGCUUGGGAUUCUCAGUGGUUGCUGGAUCCUAAAAUUUGAAUGGGUGAAAGCAUGUCUACAAAGAAAAGAAUGUGAACAGGAAGAAGAGUAUGAAAUUCCUGAAGGACCACAUAGAAGCAGGCUCAACAGAGAACAGCUGUUGCCAAAGCUGUUCGAUGGAUGCUAUUUCUAUUUUGGGGGAACCUUCAAACACCAUCCAAAGGACAACCUUAUUAAGCUUGUCACUGCAGCUGGGGGACAGAUCCUCAGUAGAAAGCCCAAGCCAGACAGUGACGUGACUCAAACCAUCAAUACAGUCGCGUACCAUGCCAAACCUGAUUCUGAUCAGCACUUCUGCACACAGUAUAUCAUCUAUGAGGAUUUGUCUAAUCAUCGCCCAGAGAGAGUUAGGCAGGGCAAAGUCUGGAUGGCUCCUUCCAGCUGGUUUAUAGAUUGUGUGAUGUCCUUUGAGUUGCUCCCUCUUGACAGCUGAAUCCUAUAGCCGAUGUACAUUUCAAAUUGAACUUACACAGUGUGAGAGCCCAGUGACUGCACUGUUUUGAUCAUUCACAUUUUUACAAAUAGGUAGACUCAUUCAUACAUUUUUUUUUUCCCUUGAAUUAAAAAAAAAAAUUGUUUGCCAGAUUAUGAAUUCAUUCUGUGUUUACCAUUUAGAUGAGGAGAUUGCUUUAAGGGAUUUUUCUUUUUAAAACUGGCAUAUGUGUUGAUUCAUCAUGUCUUUCUAUUCACAUUAUCAGCUGUCAGAGAUUAAUGAGGGGAUCAGAACUGUUGGUUAAACAUACAAGUGGUAUCACUAUGUCUCGCUCUUUUAAUGUUCUUUGAUGAAAAAUAUCCACACCUGCCACCAGCAAAAAUACUUGCCUUCGUUUAGUAAGCAAAUAAUAUUGUCAAAUAAUUUAUUCUGGCUUUGUUAUAAUGAAAAUAGAUUACCUGGUCUAAAUGUGCCACCAUAGGUGUUAAAUUCUUCUCCUGUCUACAGUUGUAUUUAUUUUGCUACUUAUAAUUUACUUGUUCCUACAUUUUUGUUCCCUUUUUUAAAAAAAAUCUUGUCUCUUGAUCAGGAAAUCAUGAUUUGAAUCUAAACAUUACUGUUCUCUGUUGGUGAAAGUCAACAUUGGGCUCAUGAUAUAUAUUUUUAUUGUAUAUAUUUGCUUAUUGUUAAUCAACUUAUAACUGUUAAUAAUAUAUAUAUAUGUGUAGAACAUUUUCUCUAACACAUUUUAGAGACAUUGUCAGUCAAAUGUAAAUAAAUUAGGGAGCAGUCUUUCUGGUAGACCUUACGUAUUGCUAAAAUAAUUUUUUCUGUAGGUCUUAAUUUCUUUCUUCAUAAAUUGUUUUUCAUUUUUGGAUUGCUGGGGAGGCAGAAGUUGGUGAUUACUUGAUUUAGAACAGAUUUUUGUCCAGGUGAUACAAAAGGCUAUGACAGUAAGUUUAACGGUAGUAGUGAAAAGGACUUAUUCAUAAUACCAGGACCAUCAAGGCUGCAGAAUAGUAGACAGGACGUCACCUGAGAAUGGGGAGACCUGGGAAGGUUACUGUGGUCUGAGUGUUCUUAUUUGUGAAUCAGUAAGGUAGAUUAGAUCAUUUUAAAACAUUUUCUGAGAAGUAGAAUUCUUUAAUAAGUCUUUCUAGAAAUUUAGUGUACUUAUAAUAUUAAAGACAUGGAAAGGGUGUUACUGUUGAGACUUGCCAGUUUGGUCCCUUUUGGGCCAAAGGGAAUGAAUAGUUUGGUAACCACUAGAUUAGAAUACUGAGAUUCUGAAGUUCAUGAACAUUUUAAGAUCCAUUUAUUUGAAGUUUGAGAUUCGGCUGAUUAUUUCAAAAUAAAAUUUACUUUAAUCCCUUCUUUGACAUGUUAUUUUUCCAUAUCAAGAAAUAAAUUAUGUGAACACAAUAAUACUGCUGACCCUGACCUUCAAGGGUGAAUUUGCUCUGAAACACUCUCUCCAACCAGUAUUGUGUUUGUUCCACAUUUCAUUCAAAUGGAGAAUGAUGAACAACAUAGCACCAAGCAAAUCUGAGGGGUUAGAUAAUGUCUGGAUUAAAUAAUUUAAUAAGACUCUGGGAUUUUGGUUGUCAUUUUUGAUUUAUAACUGACUUGUAGUCACUUUCUAUUGCCUCAUUGGUCAUAUUCCUAGACAGGUUUGUGUUUGUUCCUCUGAUCUGAAUCCCCGUUUGUAAAAACACUUUGGGGAGUUGCUACUCGCUCUCCUUCAUUCACUUUCUUGGUUUGUCCUCCUCCCUCUUUGUUGUAUUUUGUGUCCCACUAUUAAGCAGUUUUGUUUUUGGUUUCUUUCUUUAUUUUGGCAGCAGUUAAUUGAUGUUAAGCCCUUGAAACUUGUAUUUUCUGUAUAGAUAUACUUGUAAUUAUUUUCAUUUUUCAGUCAUAGAUUCAAGCUUCCUUUUUAUUUACCAUAAAUCACUAAAGUUCUUUGUGCUUCCACAUCUCUGUUUCUUCUAUAGAGGUGACUUACUCUGCACUGUUGAAGAACGAGCCUCUGCAAGACUUGUGAGGAAAUCUUUCAGCUGACAAAAGCUUGUC